AUGACGGCGGAAUCAGUGGCUGCAAAUGUUGAGAGGAUCCGAGAGAUGAUGGAUGGGAUUCUGAGGGAUACCGAUGGGUAUCUUGAGAGAUAUAGGAGUUAUGUGAUGCAUGCAAGAGGGAUGAUAUGCAGAGACAAGCAGGAGGGCGAGGUUCUGCUGCAGACGGUGGCUUCUACUCUGAACGAGAUGAAGGAGAAGAACGAGAUGCUGGUUUCAGAGAGGAAUGCGCUGAAGGCGAAAAUUGAGCAAGAUAGCGAGGACAUGAGGAUGUCGGAUAACGAGCGACAUGAGCUGCUGAACCAAAUCAAGGAGUUGGAGAUGAGCAGCUUUGGGUUGAGCGAAGUAUCCAAGGAGAAGAAAGGCAUGUCUGGAGCACUUGUACGGAAGAUGGAGAUGGUUUCUGAGAGAAAUAAAUUGAGGGAGAAGCAGAUGGAAACGAAGGUGGGGCUGUUUAGGAAGUGCCUUGGGAUGGACAUAGUUCCGAUAAGAGAGAAUGUGAUUAAGAUUGUGUUUGGGAAGAUGUGUGCAGAUGAAUCUGUGGAGUGUUUUGUGAUGCUUGACUUGUCUAUAGACAUGCCUGUUAUUGACAUGUUUCCGAGGAUUGACAGUGUUGAGCGGAUGAAUGCAAUGUUUAGAGUGCAUGGGAAUUUCCAUGACUUUCUUAGUGCAGUGAGAAGGGAGUUUAGGAAGGAGUACACGAGGAUGCAGCCAUGA